GCCGGGGCACCUUUCUAACACCUCCAGGGAGCGCAGCGGUGGUGGCGCUGAUAUGGCCGCGCUCUGAGACGGGUGGGAUGGAUCACCCUGUUCCUGCAUCGUUCCUCUCGGGAGGCCACAGAGACGUCCUCUCCCAGGGGAACUACCAGCGCCAGCACCUGUGCCCUCCUCCACCAGUGUCUGCCAGCUGCCUCUACAAGGCCCGAGUGCAGGAUGACGGGCACUGGUCCGUGGGCAGUGGCAUCCUCACCCAUGUCGGCACUGCGUUUCUAUGGCCAGGCUCCUGUCCAGCACUGCCUGGACUCGGUUCCCCGUCAGCGUUCGGUACCCGCGCUGACACAAGCGCCUCAAGUCUCCAGGGAGUCUCACGACCCUGUGGCGCUGGCCUCAGGCAGGGGGACUUUAGGACCCAGGGGAGGAAUACGCAUGACACUGUGGGGCUGAGGACAGAAGCACAGCAGAAAGAAGGGCCAGACAGGAAACCCCACCAGAGGAAGCACAGCAGACCUACCUUCAGUGGCUACCAGAUAUUCGUCCUGGAGAAGGCGUUCGAAAAGAACAAGUACCUGUCCUCCGUGGAGAAACAGCGGCUGGCACUCUCUCUCCACAUGACGGACUCUCAGGUGAAGGUGUGGUUCCAGAACCGCCGGACUAAGUGGAGAAAGGCGUUCGGGUCAGAACCGGGGAAAGCACGGGUCAAACCCGUUCAGGACGGAUCUCCAAUGGAUGCGGACUACUACAAGCCACUGGACCCCAACAGCGACGACGACCGGGUUCAAAGGUUACUGCAGCGUCAUGUAAGGAGUCUCAGGUCUCCAUUGGUCCAACGGUCAGCUCUGCAAAUGGCCGCCACUGACCUGACUGUGCACACAGAUCUCUCACACAGCCAAGUCGACCUGAUGCUAUCUGGAAAGGAUGCCAUGAAAGAAGACUCGCAAUACUCCUGACCCUAAAUCUCCCACUCAUGACCAGAGGUGUAAAAGUCCAGCUUCAGAAAGUAACAGUCCUGCCACAUUUUUUGUUCCAACCAUUCACUUAAUCAGCUGAUUUUACUCAUAAGCAAGGUAGAUUAGUGAAAUCACCUGUGUUAGGAGCACAGGUAGAACCAAUACAUGGCAGGACUUUCACUUUCUGAAGCCGGACUUUUACACCUCUGCUCAUGACAUCAGACUUCUGGCAUUCUGCAGGGUUGAAUACACUUUGGGUAAAGGCCUGGUUGGAAAUUCUAAUCCAACACAUUCUUCAUUUUUUUGUCAAAAAUCUCUCCUCAUAGGCCUCUCAGAAUGGGUCACAGGAACAGGAACACUCAGUUCAUUUAUGUCUUUUCAUAAAGAUGCAAGCAAAGAGAGACAGAGGUUUUAAUUUGUUCAAAAUAAUCGCAGCACUAGGUAGAAGACAUGAUUUAUCUACUACAAUGACUAGGGGUGUCACGAUUCUCCAAAUCCUCGAUUCGAUGCAAUUUUCGAUUUUAAAGUCACA